CUCCGGCGCUCCGUAUCGCGUCACUGCGCGGCGCCGGCGCGUGCAGCCGCCAUGGCCGACAUGGAGGAGCUGUUCGGCAGCGACGCCGACUCGGAGGCCGAGCAGAAAGAUACUGAUUCUGGCUCAGAUUCCGACUCCGACCAGGAGAACGUGGGCUCCGGCAGCAACGCCUCGGGCAGCGACAGCGAGCAGGAUGAUGAGCAGGAGGCAGCAAAGCCCAGCAACAAGGAGCUGUUUGGAGAUGACAGCGAGGACGAAGGAGCCUCCCAUCACACCGGCAGCGACAACCACUCCGAGAGGUCGUACAAUCGCUCUGAAGCUUCGGGGCACUCUGAGCAUGAAGACAACGAUCAGUCGGAUGUGGACCAGCACAGCGCUUCAGAAGCUGCUCAUGACGAUGAGGAGGACGAGCGGGGACACGGCUCUGAUGAGGGCAGUCACCAUUCUGAGGGAGAUGGUUCAGAAAAGGCCCAUUCGGAGGAUGAGAAGUGGGGCAAGGAGGACAAAAGCGAUCAGUCAGAUGAUGAGGAGCGACAGCAGAACUCUGAUGAUGAGGAGAGACAGCAAAACUCAGACGAUGAGGAGAAAGCACAGAACUCUGAUGAAGAUGAGAGACCUCAGAUGUCUGAUGAUGAGGAGAGGCUCCAGAACUCGGAUGAGGAAAAGAUGCAGAACUCUGAUGACGAGGAGAGGCCGCAGGUGUCAGACGAGGAGAAGAUGCAAAACUCAGAUGAUGAUGAAAGAGCCCAGCACUCCGAUGAGGAGAAGAUGCAGAACUCUGAUGACGAAAGGGCCCAGCAUUCUGAUGAGGAGGAGCAGGAGCAUAAAUCUGGAGAGUCUGCAAGAGGCAGCGAUAGUGAAGAUGAAGUCUUGCGAAUGAAGCGAAAGAAACCGAUUGCAUCAGAUUCAGAGGUGGACAGUGAUACAGAAGGCCAGAAAGAACACGCAGAUGUCAUGGACCUGUUUGGAGGAGCAGAUGACAUUUCUUCAGGGAGCGACGGGGAAGACAAGCCACCAACUCCAGGACAGCCCAUUGAUGAGAAUGGGCUGAGCCAAGAACAGCAGGAGGAAGAGCCUAUUCCAGAGACAAGAAUAGAGGUAGAAAUACCAAAAGUAAACACAGAUUUGGGUAACGAUUUGUACUUUGUGAAGCUGCCCAACUUUCUCAGUGUGGAGCCCAGACCAUUUGAUCCCCAGUAUUAUGAGGAUGAGUUUGAAGAUGAGGAGAUGCUUGAUGAAGAAGGGAGAACGAGAUUAAAACUUAAGGUAGAAAACACAAUACGGUGGCGGAUGCGGCGAGAUGAGGAAGGGAAUGAGAUCAGAGAAAGCAAUGCCCGCAUCGUCAAGUGGUCGGAUGGAAGCAUGUCUCUCCACUUGGGAAAUGAGGUCUUUGAUGUGUACAAGGCACCGCUGCAGGGAGAUCACAACCAUCUGUUUAUCAGACAAGGGACCGGUCUGCAAGGACAGGCUGUUUUCAAGACCAAGUUAACCUUCAGGCCACACUCUACAGACAGUGCCACGCACAGGAAGAUGACUCUGUCUCUGGCAGAUAGGUGUUCAAAGACCCAGAAAAUUCGUAUUUUGCCAAUGGCAGGUCGUGAUCCAGAGUCUCAGCGCACAGAAAUGAUUAAGAAAGAAGAGGAGAGAUUAAGAGCUUCCAUUCGCAGAGAAUCUCAGCAGCGAAGAAUGAGGGAGAAGCAGCAUCAGCGUGGUCUGAGUGCAAAUUACUUAGAACCUGAUCGCUAUGAGGAAGAGGAUGAGGGAGAUGAUGCGAUCAGUCUAGCAGCUAUCAAAAACAGAUACAAAGGUGGCAUCAGAGAGGAACGAGCUAGAAUCUACUCUUCAGACAGUGAUGAAGGCUCAGAUGAAGAUAAAACACAAAGACUACUCAAGGCGAAGAAACUGACUAGUGAUGAGGAAGGGGAGCCUUCUGGAAAGAGAAAAGCAGAGGAUGAUGACAAAGCAAGUAAGAAGCAUAAGAAGUAUGUCAUCAGUGAUGAAGAGGAAGAUGAUGAUGAUUAACAUUGAGGGAGCACUAAAGUUGAUUUUAUAUAUACAUAUUUAUAUAUAAAUUGUACAGUUCUCUUACAACAAAGAUGUAAGUAGCCAUAUUGGGGUUAUUUUGAUAAAGGAAAAUUCCAUUGAAAUUUGUGUUUCUGGUGUGAAUAAAAGUUGGUUUCUUUCUU